CAGCGGCCAGGGUGUCCUGGCGCGAGAUGCCGUUGUUGGACAGGGGCGUCAGGGCCUUGGGCAGGGCGACGAUCACAGAGGCGCACAUGAGCACGUCCUCAGCCAGCUCCAUCAGCGCCAUGACAGCGUUGCGGAAACUAUGCUCGUCGCCGUAAAACUCGGACACAUACACGUACAAGACAUCGUCAAUGAUGAAGCCGUGCCACGGGCGCUCGCACCCAAUGGCCCGGAACUGCACGUCGGCAUCAACGCCGCUCUUCAGCACCCCCUGCGACGGCACGCCCACCGGGAACAGUUCGCGCUGCAGGUCGUUUGCCGCCUUGAUCGCCAGCUCAUGGCGGUACUUGGCAGCAGCGACAGUGGGCGGACGGCUGCGGCGCUGCAAGCCGGCGGUGCGGCGCGACAGCUCGCCAAGGCUACUCGAGCUGCUGGCGCUGCUGCCGCGUCGCACGGCAGGGAGCCGGACGGCACUGUCACUGCCGCCGGGCUCGGCGAAGGCAGCCGAGGCCGCGUCAAAAACACCACCCGAAUUUCUUUCCCAUCGUGAAGUAGUACUUCUCACGGCGGCUGCUCGAGGCGCGCUCGACGCAGCACUCGGCCGGGAAGAGGUCGUGGGCGACGGCGGUCGCGUCUUCGAGCACGUAGAUGUCGUCCUUCCAGGUCUUCGAGAGCCGAGGCGUCGUCGUCGUCGUUGACCGGGACAGUGCUGGGCGACAGGUCCUGCAGAGCGAUCAAGCUGCUGUCGAGGGCGCUGUCGCCAUAGAUACUAUUCGGCUUACUAUCAUCAAUCGUGCCGUCCAUGAUGGUGCUGCUGCCGCUGUCGCUGCCGAUGUUGAACAAGAGCAUGGCGAAAAAUGAAUAAAAGAACCUGGUGAAUAAAAAGGUGGUCGGGGUGGUUAAAGUCUAAGACUUGUUGCGCGAUUUGCUUGGCUUGGGGUAGAUAGUCGACGAAGAGUAGAGGAAAAUGAGCAG